GUACAUUUAUUAUAUUAAAUAUUAUAAAAAAAUAUAUAGGUGUGUGUUUGAAUAUUCAGCACUAUUUUUUCUAUUGAUUGUUUUUCUUUCUGUUUCCCUAGACCUUUUCACAUAGAACCUUCUUACAUUACCAGUAUAAAUGAUGAUCCACCAAGAAUUACAUCAGAAGCUUCAGCAAUGAACAAUCGAAUUUACUACUAUAGCAAGCUAAGCUCUCCCUCUCAGAGAGCCCUGGUCGCUCCAGAUCAUGUUAUUCCAGCACGAGAGGAAAUCUAUGUUUACAGUCCAUUAGGAACAGCUUUAAAAAUUGAUGAUACAGAUGGAACAGAAAAAAACUCCAGCAUUGUCACAAUAUUUAUGAUUUGGAACACAAUGAUGGGAACAUCCAUUCUAAGUAUUCCUUGGGGAAUUAAACAGGCUGGAUUUACCACUGGAGUCUGUAUUUUAUUUUUGAUGGGCGCCUUAACGCUUUACUGCUGUUACAGAGUUUUGAAGUCACGAGAGACGAUACCUUUCACGGAUACUUCAAGUUGGGAAUUCCCAGAUGUUUGUCAGUAUUAUUUUGGAGCCUUUGGACACUGGUCUAGUCUCAUAUUCUCUUUAGUUUCUCUUGUUGGAGCCAUGAUUGUGUACUGGGUACUGAUGUCCAAUUUCCUGUUCAACACUGGAAAGUUUAUUUACAAUUAUGUUAAUUAUGUCAAUGUCACUGAAGCUGUUUUAAGCACCAAUGGCAGCGAUAAAGUUAUUUGUCCAAAUUCUAAAGAUUUUCAUCCAGCAAAUGAGUCUCUAGACACGACUGGUGGUAAUGAAACAGAAUUUGUACAGUUUCAGAUAUGGUGGAGUAAAACCAAUACUGUCCCGUUUUACUUGAUUGUGGUACUGCUGCCAUUACUUAACUUCCGUUCUCCUUCCUUUUUUGCAAAAUUUAAUGUCCUAGGGACAGUUUCAGUUAUUUACCUGAUAACUCUGGUUUCACUAAAAGCUGCUCGUCUUGGAUUCUACUUACAUUUUCAGUGGGAUGCUAUACAGGAGUAUUUUGUUCCAGAGUUUAGAUUGUCUUUUCCUCAACUGACUGGUAUCCUCACACUUGCAUUCUUCAUCCACAACUGUGUCAUUACUCUAUUAAAGAGCAACAAAAACCCAAAAAACAAUGUAAGAGACCUUUCCAUUGCAUACUUGCUGGUUGGUUUAACAUAUGUUUAUGUUGGGAUAAUGGUUUUUGCUACAUUUCCCUCACCACCUUUGGCAAAAGAAUGCAUUCAACAGAACUUCUUGGACAAUUUUCCCAGCAAUGAUGUCUUGGUAUUUGUAGCUAGAAUAUUCUUGCUUUUCCAAAUGAUGACAGUGUAUCCCUUGCUUGGAUAUCUUGUGAGAGUUCAGCUCCUAGGUCACAUUUUUGGCAGCAUUUAUCCAAGUUUAUCCCAUGUUUUAGCUUUGAACAUCCUGGUUGUAGGAGUUGGAGUUCUCAUGGCCAGACUGUAUCCAAAUAUUGGUGUAAUUAUCAGUGCCCCUUAGUGUGGAAAUUCUGGGCUCGACUUCAGUUUUGGCUCCGGGGUGCACUGGGGAUCACCAUCACAUUGCAACUGGAACAGGUUUGCCUUUUCCAUUAGGAUGAACAACCCAGAAAGUAUCAUAGCCUGUUAAUACUAUUCAUGCUCUUAGCCCGGAAAUGCAUAUUAUGUUUGUGGACUAAUAGGAAAGCUCCCUCUAUCACCCAGUGUAAACGCAAGCUUUAUAGACACUUAUUUACUGAGCAGUUUGAUGUCAAACUUGACGUAGCACAUAGACUACGACCUUUUUUGACUAAGUGGGAACCAUUUUUACGCACACAACACUCUGUGAUUCAAAGACAGAAACUUUGACCCUUUGUGCAAACGAAACUACUUCUGUCUGCAUCUAUAAGUGGAGAAUGGGCGACAUUGUAUGACAGAGAUGGAAAAAGGAACUCUGGGGAUGACUGUGUGAUUCUUAUCACUCAGAUAUUGUAGUAAGUUACAGAUGGAAAUGGAAUUGACAAAGAAGUCUAUGAGACACAUAUUGCCUAAAAUACAUGGGGAUGGGGUUGGGGAGAAGUGGGGAAAGAGAGUGCGAGAGGGUUUUGUUCCUCCCUUUUUUUUUGCAGAUCUCAGAGACGCAUAAGUAACCUUGCAAGAUUGCUCCCAUGAUGUCCAUGGUUCGGUUGUAUUUAGUUUUUAGUUAAGUUUAAUUAAAAUAAAAAUCAUAGAGAGAAAGGAAUGCGCAGGAAAGAUUAACAAAAAUAUGCAAACAACCAGUAUAACUGGAACUCAUACCGUGGACACAUACUAGAUGGAAAAUGUCCAUUAGAUAUUAAGGAUAUAUAUAACUGUGAAUACUGAUUCUCUUUGAAUGUCUGUAACUUUGCUGAUUCAAAUGUAUUGGUGAAUUUUGUAUCCUUUCCUAAUCUCUCUUAAUAAAAAGAAUUUAAAAAAAACAACUUUCUGCAGAACAGUAAAUACAACAGUACAAUAUACAAAAAUGUCUACAAAUGAACAUAACAUAUAUUACACAGAGAACCUCUAUUUUCACACCUAAAUCACCUUCUUAUACUGAGAGGCAACUCUUGGACCCCAAAGCACUAAUACACACGUGAACAGAGGAGAUAUAUAUAUAUAUAGUGUUGUAAACAGGAAUGAUAACAGUGUAUAGAAUGUGAAAGAUGUAUAAACAGAAACAACAGUUUUUAUGACACAGAUUACUUCAGUGAAAAUAUUGGAGAUCACUUUUGGAUCCCCUGCAUUACAACUUGGGUAAUACAAUUAUAUGAAGGAAACUGAUCAUUGAAGAAAUGUGUAAGAUCACUCUUGGACCUUAAAAUAUAGGAAGAUCAAUAUUUGUU